CACCCGCAUCCUGGACCGGCCCUGGAUGGUUAUGACAACAGGCUCCGUCCUGGAUUUGGGGGUCCUGUUACUGAAGUCAAAACAGAUAUCUAUGUCACCAGUUUUGGGCCUGUUUCUGAUGUAGAGAUGGAAUAUACAAUGGAUGUUUUCUUCCGUCAGACGUGGGUGGACAAGAGAUUGAAAUACGAUGGUCCAAUUGAAAUUCUAAGACUAAACAACUUAAUGGUUACCAAAGUGUGGACACCAGACACUUUCUUCCGGAAUGGAAAAAAAUCUGUUGCACAUAAUAUGACAGCUCCAAAUAAACUAUUUCGAAUUAUGAGAAAUGGCACCAUCUUGUAUACAAUGAGGCUCACCAUAAGUGCCGAAUGCCCCAUGAGGUUGGUGGAUUUCCCAAUGGAUGGUCAUGCCUGCCCUCUGAAAUUUGGGAGUUAUGCAUAUCCAAAGAGUGAAAUGAUUUACACCUGGACAAAAGGACCUCAGAAUUCAGUGGAAGUCCCUGAAGAGUCUUCCAGUUUAGUUCAGUAUGAUCUUCUUGGGCAUACAGCAUCCACUGACACUGUAAAAUCCAUUACAGGUGAAUAUAUUGUAAUGACAGUACACUUCCACCUCCGACGAAAAAUGGGUUACUUUAUGAUACAGACAUACAUCCCAUGCAUCAUGACUGUGAUCCUCUCCCAAGUUUCAUUUUGGAUCAAUAAAGAGUCAGUUCCUGCCAGAACGGUUUUUGGAAUAACCACCGUUUUGACCAUGACAACACUCAGCAUCAGUGCGAGGCAUUCCUUACCCAAAGUCUCCUAUGCCACUGCCAUGGACUGGUUCAUCGCCGUGUGCUUUGCCUUCGUAUUCUCUGCGCUUAUUGAAUUUGCUGCUGUCAACUAUUUUACUAACAUUCAAACGGAAAAAGCAAAACAGAAGGCUGUGAAAUUGGUCCCUGAUCUUCCAGCAUCUCCCAAGGAGAAGGAAAAUUGUGCAGAUGAAGCAACCACGAGUACAGACUCGAAUUCAAACGUGAGAAAAAGAACUAACACCACACUACAGCCAGAAUCUGAGAGUGGGAAGAAAAUUGACACCAGGAACAGUUCAGUGCUACCUUCUACAGUAACUCAGGGGCUUUCAGACAUUCCACCCCGAUCUCCUUCAGCAUCAAGCCCAAACCCAUUCAGCCGUAUUAGCCUAUCAGAAACAUUGGCUUCAGCGAGAGCAACUCCUUCAGCUCCUCCCUCUACCCCUGUUUUAACGGGAUACGUAGCACAGCAAGCGACAGCUGGUUCUCCUUCCAUUCACCAUUUACUUGGAUCUAGACUGGAGCAGAUUCAGACUACAGCGAAUACUUUGGGACCACCAGCAGCAAAGUCUUCAGCCGUUAGUCCUCCACCUGCUCCACCAGCUUCAAGUUCUGGCACCAGUAAGAUAGACAAAUAUGCACGCAUUUUGUUUCCUGUCACUUUUGGAGCAUUUAACAUGGUCUACUGGGUGGUAUAUCUAUCCAAGGACACCAUGGAGAAAUCAAAAAGUCUAAUGUAGUCUUGCUGCUAUGUAGUAGUUUUUUCUGCAAUUUAUUCUAAACACGUUUGAAUGCAGAGUUUCUUCUUUUAAAACUAUUUUUUAAAAAAGAAACCUUUAAUGAUUAUUUUUUAAGAAAAGGUCUGUGCUCGUUUUCCCAUGGUAAAGGGCAGAUAUUAUUAGAUAAAUUAAUAAGCAAAAGGGGAGGGGAGGGGAUGGGAGAGGCUAUAAACAUAAUUUUUGGGCUUUCCCAAAAUAAUGUUCUAUUGAACAAAAAUACACUGGGGGUUCGGGAAGAAUAGAGAUGUGAUACAAAUAAAUUGCAGUGACAUACAAAUGUUUAAGAAACACAACCAGGCUGUUACAGAUGAGCACACUGAUAUGUAGAAAUCUGUCUUUCUGCUACCUAUUUCAGCACUGUUAUGCUCCAAUAUGAGCAUAGUGGUUGUUAUUUGGAUAUAACUCAAGCCUUGCUGGUAAAGGACUUCUUUUUGAAAAACAACACACUGACAAUGCAAUCCUAUACUAUUUUCUCAGAGGCAAUCCCCCUGGAGUUCGUACUUUGGGGUUUGCUUCCAGGGAAGAGAGUAUAGAGUUGAAGCCUCUGCUGGUUAGGAGGUGGAUGUCGGGGAUGGGAUAAGAGAGGCAACAUGCUGUAUGUUGGGAAGCCUUAGAUAAAAAGACUGUUGUCAAGGAAUGUGAAUUAUGUGAAGAGAAUAAUAUAAAAAGAAAUUGUAAAUG